UGACUGCUGGAGAGAUCACGUCGGAUUUCUAAAAAAAAUGUAAAUAGAAUAACAACACGACAGGAUCAGAUUCAAAGUAUAUUCUUAGAGAUGUCUACCUUCAGAGGAAAUAUUCGCACUUUGGUGGGACUGUUUAUCAUGGUGCAAAUGGUCUCAGGUGAUGAUAUCAUUUAUGGCUUUGUUGGAGAAGAUGUCCUUUUGCCGUGCACCUGCUUGAAUAGAGAUUCGGCUGAGGAGUUUAGGUGGCAGACGGAAGGCAAAAAACCUAAAGUUGUUGUUAAACACACUUGGGAAACUUCAAACUUUACUGACGGCUACACAGGCAGAGCCCAGCUAUUUCUGUCAGAGAACAGCAAUGACUGCUCCCUUCUCCUUAACAACAUCAGCCGGGAUGACGAGAGGGAAUACAAAUGUAGUUUUAAGCAUGGAGGAGGUCUGCACCACUACUCUAAAGUGAAUCUUACUGUUUUUGAGAGGAAUACUGGUCCCGUGGAUGGCCUCAUUGCUCCUACAGAACUUCCAUCUCCAAACAGUAUCCGGAUCUUCAUGCCCAUUGCGUUGGUGGUGGUGGUGUUGGCAGUGGCGGUACUUUCCCUGUUCUUGUUACACAAAAGGAGAGUUUCGGGGUGGCUGAAUGCAGGCCAAGAGGAGACACUCAAGAAUGACAAUGUGAAACCACUUUGUGUGUGAAGAGGCGGUUGAUUGUGGACUUGGCAUCAUGCCCUUCUUAAUUUGUUUGCCUGCAGGUUGCAUCCUGUAUUUCUACUAAAGGAAUGUGCUUUUGAAAAGGGACGGCAGUUGUUUAUUUUCCAUCCUUAAAGUCAAACAAUACGCAGUGUGUUUAAUGUGAUAUGUUUGUUGUAGAUUCUGCAGCAGGUGAUGAACACUCCAAUUAUUCGUGAAAAAAUUACAUCUGAACAAAAAUUUCUUGCUGACACUAAAAUGUCAACAAGACAAAAUUUUUAAAGCAUUAAAGAGUUAGCACGGAUUCACAUAUGCAUAAAGCAGGGCUGGACUACCCUGAGGAAAGUUACUGCAUUUUAUACACAAUAAGAUCUUUUUUUCAGUCUCCAGGUUUCAUUACUUAACAACUGACCUUUUUACCAUAUACUGUAUGUGCCAUAAUUUACAUGAUGUUAAUAUAGAUGAAUUUACUACAGCCAGUUUAUCAAGCUUAACCUAUUAUUGCAUCACUUACAAUUGCAACAAUCAUGAAGAUGUGUGAAAUGGAAGCAUCUCUGGAUGUGUUUUUCUUGUAAGCUCGCUCUUUUCUUAUAUCACAUUGCGUUAAAAUGUAAUGACUCUUCUGUAACUGCUUCUGGGAUAGACUGGUUAAGGUGAAGGUGGAAGCUUUACCAGAUUUGUUUUUCUUUGUAAAUAAGCAUGUUAAGAUUAGCAUUGUAUAGCUAUGUAAUACACUUUAUAGUUCUUCAAGGUUUAAAGUAAAACUUGUACCAUUUUUAUGAGGGUUGUGAAGCACUGCCAUUCCCUGUAAAUAAUCCUUCCCCGGACACCAAAGCGUCAUCAAAAACCGUUUUCAUCUUCUUAAGUCUGAAAAGAUGAAAGAUGGCAUUGCUUCUGUGAAUGCAGACACGAGGUUGUCUAACAUCUGAAGGGACGUUGAAAUGUGAAUAUUCGGCCUUUUUCAGAGUUUAACAAAGGUUUGAGAUGAAAACUACUGUGAAAAUACUGGUGUUGGGGGAAUUAUUUAUCACUUGGGUCUUUUUAUACCACUAACUUGUGAUUUUGUAUUGCUGACGUUUUGCAUCCUGGAGUCAUUGUGACUGAGCUUUUCUGUUUGUGAGCAGCUUUUAAUGUGUCGAGGCCGCGCUGAAAUCUGGUCAGCACUUACAUAUGUUUGUCAAGAGGGUUCUGACGUAGAUUUUAGAAGUAACGUCUGUCAUAAAGUUUGGUUUUGGGAAAAGCAGAAUGAGUAACUGAUCUUAUUUCCUUUCACGGUAUUUCGUUUCCCUUUUCUUCUGGAUUGAAUCGCACCAAAGAACAUGCUGUGGUACAACACUCUGAUCCUUUAAGUACAAAUAGUGAACUUUCAGAAUUCUCCAAUAAUGCAGCACAGAUUAAAAGCCCUUGUUCUGCA